AAAUGUAUUCAGUUUUACCUUUUCAGUCGAUCCAAUGUCGGUGUGAUAAAUGCUUUUUGUCAAAAUGAAAAUAAUGUUUUCAAUUUUAGUGAUUUCUUUUAUAAAAUAUUCGUUGACGAUGGAUGAGAUAACUGUUGAAACAAAAAUUGGUUCUAUAAUGGGAGAGGUGAGGACAAUCGAGCCAUUUGGAGAUCCUCUUCGUGUACGACAAUUUCUCGGAGUACCUUAUGCCGAGCCACCUAUAGGUGCUCUUCGUUUUGAGAAACCUAAAAUGAAACAGAAAAUGAAUGGAGUGUAUGAUGCCACAAAAUAUGGACCCUCUUGUUUACAACUGCCAUUCGAUCUUUUAGGGGAGCGGAAACCAGCAUCAGAAACUGGUUUACCGGAGUCAUCAAACAACUGCCUCGUGUUAAAUAUCUUUACUCCGGAUAAUCUAGACGGAAACAGUAAGUUGCCUGUAAUGAUUCUGAUCCAUGGUGGAGGUUUUGCUAUAGGGACAUCUACUAUGUAUCCUGGACAUAUAACAAGUACAUAUGGUAACGUUAUUGUUGUAAGUAUUAACUACAGGUUAGGCUUAUUUGGAUUUUUGAGCACCGGUGAUUCAAAUUUACCCGGAAAUUACGGCCUUUGGGACCAACAUAUGGCUAUUCGAUGGGUUCACGAAAAUAUUGCAGCGUUCGGUGGAGACCCUAAUAAAGUGACAUUAUUUGGAGGUUCGGCAGGCGGGGCAAGUGUGAUAUUCCAAGCAAUGUAUCCAGGAAACAAAGGACUGAUUAAGAGAAUUAUUCCCCAGAGUGGGAGCAUAACAUGCCCUUGGGUUUAUCAGCGAGAUUCAUUACAAAAUGCUAAACGUAUAGCUAAUCUAGUAGGAUGUCCAACUGACGUAGAUAGCUUCCAACUUGCAUCUUGUCUAAGAAAUAUUCCCGAUGAAGAGUAUAUGAAAGUAAUGAAUAAUCCACUGAAUGGCUUCAGAAAAUUUCCCUUGGACUUUGUUGUUUCUGUUGACAACGAAUUCGUUCCAUUAUCUUCUUGGGACUUAAUGCAUAGCGAUUCAGAUAUAGCAAAAGCCAGGCGAGAUUUUUUCCGCAGCUUUGAUGUAAUGACGGGACUCAUGGACGAUGAAGGUUUCAUGAUGAUAACUCCAAUUGUAGGCGUUGAUAACACAGACACAUUUUCUGUUGACAGGUUACAACUGGAAAACAAGUAUAUUCCAGAAACCAUGCGUCUUAUGUUUGGUGACAAUAUUCCAGAUAUUAUAAAUUCUGUUGUUAGUUUUGAAUACACGGACUGGAACAAUCCUGACGAUACUGAGCGUCUUUACGAAUCUUUCAUACGGCUGAGUUCUGAUUAUGUUUUCAACAGCCACACUAUUGACAUAACGAAGAUACAUGCUGAAAAUAAUGAUAAAUCAAAAACAUUUCUGUACCUUUUUAAUGCGGUUUCAUCCCAGCAUCUUUUGUGGGUACCAUCCACGUGGAAAGGAGGUUCAGUACAUGCUGAUGAGUGGGUGUUUAUUUUAGGGUACGAUUCGGAGAACGGAUAUACUAGCGCAACAAGUCCUUAUGGGGUUGAACCACAGAAAUGGGAAAUAGAACUCUCAAAAGAAGUAAUCAAAAUGUGGACAAACUUCGCAAAAAGCGGUAAUCCAAACAAGCCUGAGCGCAUCAAUAUUGAAUGGCCUGAAUAUACCUUAGAAAGUCAACUCUACCUAAACAUCAGUAGGGAGAUGUCGGUCGGACAGCGAUUAUUUGAAAGGGGUUAUAACUUCUGGACAAAUUUAUUGCCUAAACUUGUAAAAAUGACAAAACCAGAUUUGUUGAAAAAGGAAAACUACUGCGAUACAGAAGACCCCGAUUGUACACCAUAGCAAAAACAUCACAGCGGCUAUGAAAAAUAUGGAUUUUAUUUUGAUUACAUGUAUUUUUUUGUGUUACAUAUAUUACUCAAUACUCAGUAGAUCUACUUUUGUUUGCCUGUAAGAGUACCUGAGCUAAUUUUUUUUUGUAAAAAAAUGCACUCGCAGAGAUAAAUUCAUAAGAAGAAAACUCGCAUCACGCGAGCACACGACGUUAUUUUACCUUGCCGACGCCAGUUGGGCCUAUGCAGAUCAAGAUACUCCAGCACCUCUGUGACGUCACAUUAAGUUCUUCAAUUAGUUUUACGGGCAACACUUUGCGAUCUAUGUUUUGGAUAUAAGUGGAUGAUUUCUUAUGUUUAUGUUUACCAUUCAUACGAAUUGGAUAGUUUGUUUACUUAUCAAUUAACAGUAUAGUGUCAAAGAAAAAUACUGAUAUGUCCAGUCUAUUUAUCAAUCUAUGAAAUACAUGUAACGUGUUGCCUCUUAAAUUCGUAGUAAUUCUGGAAAAAUAGGCCUAUUGGAACUAUUUAUAAAUGAAGAUGCUGACACGGAUGACAUUAGGAUUCCGGCAAUUGCCUUGGUCAUGACAAGCAAAGUAAACUGCGCGAUAUGGAAAAUAUGGUUUAAACUCUCUGGCCAUGCAAUCUAACUAUGCAAAUUAGGCGACUGAUAACUUUAUUUACGUAUUCAUACGCACAUUGUCGACAGAAACAAACCAACAGGCGGACCGUCGACGAUAUAAGACUGAAAAGAAA